AUGACAACAGUCAGUCGACUCUCCUCAUCGCGCAUGCCUGCUAUGUACCAUUCUCAUCAGAACAUCGGCAAAUAUCAAUCAAUUCUCUACUGUUUUCUUUCCUUUAACAUCUUUUUCUCAGCUCUCAAUUCUUUUACUGAUGUCCAAUUCCACGUUUCCGGUGGUCACAAUCGGGCGUCUUGUUCGCUCAUUUUGGUUGGUGCCGUCAAUUUGGAUGACGAGCUAACCUCGAUAAUUCUCAUCUACAUUUUCGUCUUCAUUUUCAUCGAAGCUGUCCUAAUGGUAACCGGUCAAAUCAUUCAUCGAUCGCUCAUCAUUUACAAAAUCAUCAAGCCCGAGAACACAAUCACGACGGCUUUUGCGAUUCUUUUCAUCACUUUUUGCGUGUUGAUCAUUUGGAUCAUUCUCUUUGUGAUGGCCAGUAUUACCACGACGAUGUGCUUUGAUCGAUCAGCGGGUGAUGGAAAUAAUACGUUGGUAGACCCAAAUGAUCCAAGAUGUCGAGAUUUUCAGUACAAAUUGAUGAAUAUUUACGACUUCAACAUCGCCACUUUUGUCGCAAUUCCGUUUGAAAUUUACAACUACGAGGAGCAAAAGCUGCAGCUCAGCUUGUACGCGGCGAUGCUUUUCGGCUUUUUGUGUUUUCUGCUUAUCGCCUCGAUUUGCACGGUGAUCGUUUGCUCGACGCUGAUCAUUAAAAAGAUCAAAUCCUCGUCUUUUCAUCUGAGCCAAAAGAAUAUGCACGCAGAAAUGCUGAGGACUCUCCUGGGACAGGCUUUAUCUCCGAUUCUUCUCCUUCAAUUACCCCUUUUAAUCUCAGUCAUUGCAAUUGGAGUUGAGG